AUGGGAAAACUAACCCCACAGAAUAGCGCCACCCAGUGGACACGCGGGCCCCCUGAGACCCAAGUGUCCCAUCCUCGGCCCCCGCCGCUGAGCCGUCUUCUCACCGACCCAACCACAGUGGGUGCUCAUGGCACCGUGCCCUCAGUGCCCCGUCUCAUUGACCUGCCACAGUUCCGACUCCGCCGUCGGGCCGCACAUCCUCCUCCUCCUCCUCCUCAGGGCUGUCAACCGACUCCUGACCUGAAGCCCGGUCCUUCGACGAAACCUCCCAUGAGAGCCUUUCGAUUGCAGCUUACAGGACGGCCCUCUAGGUAUGACUUGUAUGCCGUCUACUUCCCACCCUGUCUUUUUGGGUGGAAAUUUAUUCUUAUGUUGUUUUUCCGACUUUUUCAGAUUCGGAUAGUGUGAUUCCAGAAGACUGUGCAUCUGCGCACUUGCGAUGCGCUUGGACAAUUAUUACUGCCUGCCACACAUAGUAGGACCAGCCCCGGUCGGUACCGGAGGCUGGCGUGUAGCAGUUGGUCCGCUAAAAUAGAAUGACCCCGGUCUUUACUAAGCCUCACCAUAUGGCUGUCCGACCCCCUCAAAUACGCCAUUAAGUGUAUCCCCGGAAGGGCGCUAUACGAUCUGGACCGUGUAGAGUUAGCACCUGAGCACCGACUGCAUGACCUCGAUUGCGUCGACGAUAUCAUCCUAGCAGCUUCAGGCUUUGGUAACCCUCAUACCAUGAUGUCGUUAGUGAAGGAAGUCGCUAAGUCGGUCGGUUUAUCCACAAAUUCUGGGAAGACCAAUUUUUUUCAUGUUGCAUCCCGGACCAGGAGAAGGCACGCCUUGGCGUUAAUGGCCGUCAGCCUAAAGAAGUAAACAAUUUUGGGUACCUCGGGGCUAGACUGCUGCCGGAUGGACAAAGUAAGGAUGACAUCGUCUCCUGACCCGACGCUACUCGUAGGAUUUUCGCAAUCCUUGGGAAAUAUCUCUGGACCCCACGCCACACCAACAUCACUACGAAGCUCCACGCGUACCUUGCACCUGUCCGAUCAGUCCCCCUGCACGGUUGUGAAUAUUGUCUAGUACAUGUGCAGGAUGAGCAAAAACUCGAGGCAAAUGAUCACCGCUGCACGAGGACUACCCCUCGUGGGGAGCACGCUGGCUAGAUUUCGAAUGACACAGCCGCUGCGACAACAUCACGAGGAUAUAUCAGGUCAUCGAAAAAUAAGAAGUUUGGGUCUUAUUUCGUAGCCGCACCUGCCGUAGACAAGACCCAACCGUCUGCCAUACGGGACCGGUAGUAAUAGGAGGUUUAACACUAACCCCUAACAGGUGCGGCUACGAAAUAAGAUCUUAUCAUCUUAUCAAAAGAAGAUUGCUGUGGUCCACCUCAUGAGCAUAGUGUUGUUGCCCUCGAUCUGGCCCCGCUGCCCAUUUGGAGGCCUCUAGGAGGGUUCAACUGAAAACCUGGCUUGACACAGUUCGUCAAGAUAUGGAAGUGGUCCUCGGACCUUCUGUAUUAGGUGCCUGUCUCUGAAGGAGAGAAUAGGUCGAACUUCGUUAUUUGGGGAGAGGUACAGUCUGAGACAUCAUCUUGGCCGCCUAGACCAGACGUGCUCACAGCUGUAUCAAGUGCAAGUCCAACCAAGGUUCCCCUCUUAAGAGAGGGACUGUGAUCAGGAGACGGUUAUUCCUGAUAAAAGUAUGGUUCAGCAAAUUAUGGUAAACUUCACCUGAAGAAGAGUAAAAAUAAGCGAUCUCAUUUUGGGCUCGUGUGACCGCCGCCGCUCCAACAAAAUUCCGUGGUAUGCCGAUUUUCUGGUAUUCUGAUAUUCUGACCGAAAAUAUCUAACAUAUCUGAGGAGCGGGGGGCUUGAGUAGCUGACUUAUAAUUUACCGAACGCAGGCUUACAUUAUCCGACCUGAACUGUAAAGCCAGUGGGAGGAGGGUGCAUGGUGGGGCACUUAACACUCUGAAAUGGCAUUUCGAAAUGAGUUCGACUGUUUUUAGAAAAUGACUAUUCAGGGCUCCGAACGCCGAGAAUGGGACAAAAAUUCGUUGAUGCAUAAAAGGACGGGUCGUGAAUGCAAGGAUGGGCUACUUCUCAUAAACGAUUAUUUCCAAAAAAGGCAAUUAAGAAGGUAACGGGCAUGUUAAUCAAUAAACUGACGUCCACUAGAUAUUUCAGCGGGAAUAAGUUGCCACUUAUUACCAUUUUUACUUCAUGCAAUGGCAUUUGGGGAACUGGGCGACCUUCAGAGAUUUAGAUCUAAUCGUCAAAAAUCGAGGCGAUUUUAGGAAGUGAGUUACAUUUUGAGGAAAAUGCAGAAGACGUGGAUGGUUUUGCCCGUCUGAUCAAGAUUUACAACAUCCCUCCCAGUGGUUCCAUGUCCGAUUGGAAUAGCAGCUGAAUGCAUCUUCCGUGUCUGCACGUCAACUUACCUUUAACGCCUUCUACAGGAAGAUGACAGUUGCCAGGCGAGGAUAAAUAUUAGGGCGAGAGAAUAUCCCGGGUCCGGAUAGGCGGUGGAACCCUGACCCCUCAGUUCAUUGGCCGUGAAUUCAAUUAGCACCUCAACUGCAAGCUCCUGCCCUCAGCUUGGAGACACCUUAAAACACUUGGCUUCGGUCUCUCGAUGAUACCACUUAGUGCCGCGCUAACGACUCCGCCUGUUCGUUCGGGUUUCGUGCAACUGGCCGGUCUCCGUGCUGAGAAGGGAUUGUGGCAGUGGGCGCGUCACCGACCCCUGCUCCCUAUCGGUUCUUCCAUUAUGUCUCAAUGUGGUCUGAUGACCUCAGACCAUAUGGACCAAAUCGGGUUGCCCUGGGACACAAUGACUCUCUGUGUGGGGGGAGAGGGUAUAAUUGCCUUCCCAGGACAAGGACAUCCCACCCCCCCCCCACCCCGCCUUUUAUUUGAUACCCAAAUCUUACGAUUUUAUGGAAACAGAAUUCAAGAUCUGAUUCAUUUUAACAGCGUAAACUUGAGGGCUGACCAAAGCGAAUUUAUCUUGUCCUGAAAGACCUUUUGUCCCGUUGGCUACUGUUACUCUUAGGCAUGUCGGUCUUAUAACAUGGCGGAGGUCAAUCAACCUGACGCAAGAAUCGAGGAAUUUUGAAAGGCCUGAAAAAAUCAACGUGCUGAAUGUGUAAUGAGCGGAAAUCGACAGGCUGGUACCCUGCUCAAAAAGUUACUACGGUUACUAAGGAUGCCUACAAUCCUGUGAACUUCCCCAAGCAACUAAGGGACGUUUUAAAGUAGGCCAAAUUCUGAAGGGCGAUGGUUUAGACAUAGCCGAUGCCUCGCGCAGGACUCCAGAGCGUAAACCUGCUGCAUAAGUAGAAAUAUUGUGCCGAUUGAGCACGAGCACCUGUCAUACGUAAGUUCUCACGUCGCAAAGCUGGGCACUGUAAACAAUUACCACCAGGCGCAGUCCAUUACUCCAAGGCUGAUUACUUAGCAAGUACACAUUAUAUCCAACAGUAUUAACAUUCUGGUUGAUUUAUUACUGUACUUGAGAAGCUUGCAUACAGUAGGUGGGCUAACUAAUGAAAUGUCAACCGAAAUUCCAAAAUGCGUUUUCGUUUCGAAAAGAUUAAUUAAGUAGAGUUGUAAAACUAAUCAGUCUGCAGUAUAAUUCUAUAAUAUUUCAGUUACCUCAGGAUGCCGACUUUCGAAUGAACUUUCUUCCGGCUGCAAGCAAAAACUACACUGUAAAAAAUGACUACUUAAUUAACAUGAAUUUUUCUCAUUGAUUUUCGAUGCCCUUAAAAAUUCAAUUAUACUUCAUGGAAAACAUGCAUAAAAAUAUUCAUUAUUUUGCUCAUUCGGUAGAUAAUUACGUCUUCUUCCAAUUUUAUACUCGAAGUAGGGACAUGAUUCGGUUUUAAAAAAGUUUAUAAUUGUGAGAUUUUCUAAUACCGUGAAAUGACCGUUCAUAAAUCGUCAUAUCUCUGCAUUCACCAAUGUGGCCUGUAAAGUUAACAAUAUGGAUCAAAUCCACUACUUAAUUUUAUGAACCCUAUAUGGUCUCCCUUUACUAUCGUAGAGAAAUGUGUUUUUCCGUAUGCGGAAAAUAUACGGUCUGUAGUUUGGAAGCCCUGAAUCCAGGUGUAACGGCAGGUCGGGUUCAAAAUUAUUCGGGAAUUGGAAAAGUUUUUGAAAACCGAAUCAUACCCUUCCUUCGAAGAUAAAAUUGGAAGAAGGCGUAAUUAUCUACCGAAUGAGCAGAAGAAUGAAUAUUUUUAUGCGUUUUCUCCAUGAAGUAUAAUUAAAUUUUUAAGGGCAUCGAAAAUCAAUGAGAAAAAUUCAUGUUACUUAAGUAGUCAUUUUUUACAGUGUAGUUUUUGCUUGCAGCCGGAAGAAAGUUCAUUCGAAAGCCAGCAUCCUGAGGUAACUGAAAUAUUAUAGAAUUAAAUUGCAGGCUGACUACUUUUACAACGCUACUUAAUUAAUCUUUUCGAAAGGAAAACGCAUUUCGGAAUUUCGGUUGGCAUUUCAUGAGUUAGCCCACCUACUGUACGGCAUCAUCAUGAGUUUCUCCCAAUCCGAAGAUCUGUUUGCUAACCGGCCAUGCAUGACGUUUGCCCAAUGGCAUUACUGGGGUGGGCAUUUCUAGUUUGCUUGUCGUCUUUGGUCAGCCAUGAGCGAACCCCCCAACCUCGGCAGAUCAGGUAUUUUAACUGAAUCUAGUAAGUCGUGUCGAGGUGAAUGCUCUAUCAGUUUAGCCAACGGGCUCAUGUCCUGGCGGCCAAUAUCAGGAGUAUUGAGCGUCACUUCGGAGGGGUGGCUCUUACGCACGUUGGCUGAUUUGAGAACGGAAGACGGAUCCUCCGUUUUGCCCAGGAUCUUCGGUCUGUAGCUCUUGUAGUCACCGACAUGCGAUCGGUUCUGUAGGCGCGCAUCCCGCAAACUGAGCUCACCGGGGUGGUUAAAGACGGUGUGGCUUGGUCGACGAGUGAAGAGGACAUGAGGAGGCGGUGGUCGUUAGGCUCUUGGGAGAAUUUUUGUUGCUGCGACGCUGUUACUCCCAGGGGAGAAAGUCCAGUCCACUUUGAGUAGUUAUUGUCUAACCGCUCGUCAGUCGGGCCCUCUUGUGCGAUAGCAACAGAGAUAGCACUCCGAUAGCCAUAAUCCGCGUGUACAUUGGCAGACGGUGAAGAGGCCAGCGACAUAAUUUGAGGCGAACGCGUAAUUAAGGGACACUCAGGCGGCUAGUGUUGAGGGAGUUUUUAAGACUCUCCUCUCGCGGGGAUUAGGACUCGAGGUUAUUAAUGGGAGGACAGGAGAGACAAGCAUCAUUCUCUGUCACUGCUCAAAGCAAUCUAAAUAUUGGUUGCCCACAACGGUGAACUGGUGCGCAUAAGAGUUUGUUCCUCAGUCAUGCAGGCGUAAUGCUGUGGUAUGUGCAUUGGAAACCAGUAUACCUCCAAACAGAGCAUGUCUGUCAAACAAUACAUUGCAUAACUUUACAAAGUGAGUAAACAUAGCAUAGAUCUGAUAAAUAAGCAAGUUGGGAUUUCGUGGGGUCUGAGCAUCUCAGAGGCUGUGCAUAAGGGCGGAAAAUAUACAUCAGCUGUUACUUAUCGCCUCUCUAUAAUUGACACUUGGCUGGUCAUAUAAGUUUGUCGAUUCCAUCCAGUGUUCUGACAGGUCAUGUUUCAGAGUCAUAUCUAGUUCAUGGAAAGACCCAGCGCCAGGCCCGUGGGCUCUGUCUCAAGUGGAUGUCAGGUGGUUGGCUAUAGUUAUAUGUAGGUAGUUUUUAUAGGUACGACUGACUGAUGAUGGCUAAUAAGCCAGAAAUGGCCAUGCCGGCCUCCCUUGUCUUUGUUGGUACCAUCUCAUGUACGUCCACUACUAGUCGCCGGGCGACUGCCUCCGAGGGUUCUAGUAUAAUCCCCAAAGCACGUUCCGUAACCUGAUCGGUGAGCUCCCAUCUGUCAGAAUUGAUAUUCCCGAUCACAACCGACAAGACAACGGGCCUGUGGCUCAAUGAUAGAGUGCCACACUCUAUGACCAAAGAUCCCUGGCCCGAAUCUCAAGUGAUCGACACUUGGGGUCGGGUAUGACUGUCUGAUGACGGUUAAUAAGCCAAAAAUGGCCAUUCAGGUCUCCCUUGUCUUUGUCCGUAUCAUCUCAUGUAGGUAGUUUUGCCUACCCAUAAGCAGUGAACAUCUGCUCUCACUGGAAGAGAGUACAGCCUGCGUCCGAGUUUUAUCCUCUUCACCUUUUGUUUUUGACGACUUCCGGUCCGUAGAUCUGGAUGCAAUUUAUGUUGCAUCUUCGGCUCUGGGAGGUAUUGGUCCAUCUACUUGCCUUUCCAACUGUUAGUGCAGGCUACACAGUCCUAGUUUACUACCUGAGUGCUGGAUUUCGAUCUUGAACCCCAAAUUAUCUUUCUCCCCUUUGAAGCUGCCCGUGGAUCAGAGACACACCUGAUUUCUAAAUAUUGCUGUUUGAUGGAACCGAGGGUGUUUGUCAUGCUUUCCGUCAUAGUUCCUAUGCUUGUGACAACUUUGACGCCUAUUUAUUUAAUUAAGUCUCGUUUACUACGUGACGCGCAUAGCAUUUAGAAUUUGAAUAACUACGGGCCCAUUAGCGGUGGUUGAGAGGUAGCUGUCUUUCACCCACCUCCUAACCUACUGUCUGCAAGCGUCCUUACACACAGGCAUGUAGAUGAAGAGGUGAUUUCAGCAGGGCAGAGGAAUAAUAUAUUCAUUUUAUGUCCAUCGCUUGUGCAUGUGCGUGUCGUAGAAAAUAAGAAAAUGUAAAAGACCAAUAGUUGCAUGCCCGCUUGAGGUGGUGGCCGGCAUGGUCGUAGGUCAGCGGUUAACUGACUAGGGGUUGAAGUGCCAAGGCUCGGCUAUCUCUCUGACUCUUUUGCUUUCCGUUUCUUCAUUUACAUGUAUAUAUGUGAGUAAUACUGGCUGAUGACGACUAAUAAGCCAGAAGUGGCCAUCCCAAUCUCUUUUGUCUUUGUCGGCAUCACCUUAUCCACAAAUAUAUGCAUAUUUAAAGCUAACAUUUGUUCGCCUGUUCGCUUGUAUUUCAUGCGUCCGCUCAAUGACGUCCAGCGCCACCGGGGACGUCGCAAAAAAGAGGGUAACUCGAUGCGAAAACAAGAUGCAGAGACCCUUUAAUGCCCCCAGCGAUCAUAAAAAGGUGGAUCAAAGGGCGAACCAAAAAGUGAUCGUUACCAAUCCUCGUGUUCGUCGGUACCACAGCUCGGAAAUCUUGAUGGGCCUAACUGAGGACAGAACAAGAGGUAUAACUUUUAAUAGGGAAAUUAGUAGCCUACCAAAAAUACUUAUUCCAAAUUCUCGUCAGAAAAGGGGUUUUGUUUUUUAGUUUCACUGAUUACUUUGAGUCUAAUUCCAGUGCCGUAAGAUGACACAUUUAAAGCAGACACAUUUUAAAAUAUAUGCUUUUUUAGUUAAGGAUGCAUUUAAACUAGGACAGUGAACAAUAGUACUCAGAAUGAGCAAAGAUUCAAGGGUACUUAAAAACUAUCAUCAUGGCAUAAAAGUAUUACGAAAUUUUCCUCCACCCGAUCUCGACUCAGUCGCUGUAAAUUUUUUUCUACCCUAGACGUUCAUCAAGCUGUAGAAACAAACGAUGUUCAGCGCAAGAGGUAAGUAAAAGCUUAUAACUUUUACGACAAAUUUUUCUGAGAAAUUUCAUGCUCAGUCCUCGUAAUUUAAAUUCCCCACUCAGAAGAUUAUGCUCGCGGUUACGCAUGAUUAUUUCGAAUUAGAUUGCAAAGGCGAAAUUUUCCAAUGCAUAGAGCAAGAUUUUUCAAGUCUCUGGGCAGAUGUUGGGCCACGGUAGCCAUUUCUUUAUUUUGGAGCCUUAAAUACCUUUAAUUCCGUACGUACAUCCAAGGCAAAAUAUCCCGAGUGCCUUUUUUCUAAAAAUCCUUCGUCAAACUUCGAUAAAAAGUCGCAAAUUGACUAAAAAGCAUAUUUAAGAGUGUAUCUACUUACUGUUUUAAGUAAGUAUUAAAUUUUAAUUACGAACGGUUUUCAACCAUUCUAAGGCGUAGCCUCCCCUUUCGUCCGUUUCUCUGGAGAAGAGGGGGGAAGCCAGGGGAUGAACCACUCGGCCGCAUCGACAAGCGGACUGCGUUACAGUUCAAACCCCGACGACGGUCUGCCACCAGGAAGCGAAUCUCGUUGCCGCCCAUUUUUAAGAUGAACCCCGGUUCAGACGAGGCAUCAGAGAGGGACCAGGUAGUCAAGGUCAAUCCCCAGGCCAUGUUUACGAGUCCCCUUCCCAAAACCAAUGAGAACAGUACAAGCGGCCUGUGCUUCCGAUACGUUCAAAUUCACCGUCAACACGAAAAUAUGCCAUUUGGAAUCUUCGUAAAGAAGGGCAAAUACGGUAGGCGCCUACUUAAAACCAAAUUUCACUCCUUACUAUUAGCCAUAGUUAGCACAAACCCCCAUAAGACUUGCAAACUGCCGUAGAUAAAAUCGAACAGCGCAUUAACUAAGGCAAAAAGAUAUUAAAAUCAUGAGGAUGCACCUAAGUCGGAUUGAUAAUUAAAAGGCAAGCGGCAUGAGGGCAAAAAGCGAUUUCGUAGAAAUUUUCUAAAAGGUCGAGUACGCUAUAGGCGUUUCACUCAGGUCAUAAGAUAAAAGCCCUAAAUAAGUGGAUUCGUUAAAUUAAUAAAACUAUGCAAAACAUUCGCAAAAAUACUUAUUGUAAAAUAGAAAUAUCCUGGGCACAAUGCCCGUGGGUUUUUACAACUCUGUUUCGGGGAAUGGUCGUGGUGAAGGAAAAAGUCCCAAUGACGGAAAUUUUGUGAAGCACUUUCAAUAAAUGAUUACGUGAAAAACUCGACAUCCCCGGUGGGGUUCAAACCCACGACAGCAAUCGCAAGACUUAUGCGUAGCCGACGCUCUAACUACCUGAACUAGGAGGCGCCGACCGGAAGACGUGAGUUGAAUCACAUUUGGGCGAAGUUAUCCGCCCAACCUACUGCAACAUGUAGGAUCUGCCAAUUCUCGUACAGUAAACUGACUGCCCAAGCAAUCUAUUUAGAAUCCACCAGAGCACUACCGAUUCUCCACCGAGACCGACGAGUUCUUCAUGAUUGGAUCGAGUGUUUUAUUAAAAUCUCCCAAAUCGCCUGCGGAUUGCGGAUGUUUCACAGAAACAGGAGGGCUCAGGUCGUGACUGAAUGGGAGUUCCAUAGAGGACACAUUCAGCGGGAGCCAUUGCAGCCUGACUCUCCGUCCUGAGAGGAGGGCCGAAUUGGCAGCCUUCUAAGCCUCGGCUUUUAGCUCACAGUGGCAGUUUAAAAGUGCGUUACUGACAGUCGUUUAAAGUGAGGAAUAUGCGUCAAGUGCCAUGGGGACGGCGUCCCCAAAUUUAGCCUCACUCUCUCUCUCUUCCAUCCCUCAAGCCCCAGUCCACUGUCCGAGCUGGUCAGACAUCUAAUGCGGGGAUGGGGUACUAGUGGCCAGAUAACGCCUACACGAACAUAUAUAAGAAAAGUUACCUGUGACGAAACCAUUCUGCCGCAUCAACGGCACGCACCUCGUUGUGUACCUAACAGCAGUUUUGCCAACAAAGGAAAAAUGUUCCUUACCACACACGACGCCAAGAAUUACCUUCCCAAGUUCUACCUUUGGGAAGCCUAGCCAACAGGAACAAAGGUGACCAGAAUGACCACGUUUAACUUGUUUGCGGACUUACGUUCCCAGACGCGGACUAGGCCCUUCCACAGCUUCGGUGAGGUUUAAAGUCCACAAGAAACAUGGGAAAUAUUCGUAGAACUACCCCUCUCCCGCCGUAUGCAUAUCCAUAUACUCCCAGAAAUCCCAGCUAUCACUUGCAGCAGCGUAAUACUGCUGAGUCCGCGUCUACCCCAAGCCCACUGUCAACGCAGGUGACGGACUCUGAACUGACAUCUCAUGCGUUCAUCCGUUGACCCUGACGGGGAUUAUCACAAAUCCGGUGGACAGGGGGGGGGCGGGGGGUGCAGAGAUGAGUGGCGUGAAUCUGACUAUAAAGAGGAAGAUUUGGACCUCUGUUUUCCGGUGUUGGGUCAGAACGACUGUAGAUGGACCUGGGAGUAGGAACUGACCAAACAUACGGUCCUGCCUCUAGCGUGUCACACACCUGUCGGUCCCCCCACCAGAGAAACCAGACUUCGCUAUAACGGUCAGCUCACAGGGUACACCAAACCUGCUUGCACUAAACUCGAGUCACAAGUACAAACCCGCGACUUUUCCAACAAGCAAUACUCCUGCGUGAGCUCUGGGCAGUCAAAUUCCCCCCUAACUUCUUUCAGGCUUCGUCGUCACACGUGUUCCGGAGAAAUGUCCCCUCCGACUUGGUGAUGAAAUCGUGGAGAUCAACGGAUGUAAAUGUCCCGACAUGUCCCUCAGUUGGUUGGUCUGUCACCUCCAGUCCUCCACCAGCAUACACGCCCAAGUGAUUGCCGCGACGACGACUGACCACCUGGGACGAGAGUGA